CUCGAUUGUGAUGCCUCGCUCUCCGGUGGCCGCAGUGGCUCUAAUCUGCUUCUGUCUCCUCACUUGCGCUCACGCCUUCGGCGCUGGCGAAGUACCAGAGGACAACGAAUGGCUUGGCUACGUCUGGCGACAUGGAGAUAUUGGUAACUUGUUACCUCUGCUGCCAGUCAGCUUCGUGAGCAACUAUGCCUUCACAAAAUUACAAGCCAAGCAGGUUUAUUUCGGCAACUGGUUACGGGACUUUUCGCAACUGCUCGAUACCACUUGCUUAGACAAGGUCCACGAGUCAAUUCUGCGGGCUGUGGUUGCGAUUUUGGCGUUUAUGGAAUUUGGACUCGCUACUGAUGGCUUCGAUGUCACAAAGGAGCGUCUUGGAGUCUAUCGACAUGAGGAGCAUAUUGAUAAUCCGAAAGGCUACGCUGACCUGCCGGACAAGGACGCCACAAAAAUCGAUGGCAGACUCCGUGGUCCAGUCAGGGAAGUGGAGCUCGAAGUCGACCCAAAGACUGGCAUGAAAAACUAUAUUGCAAACUCAGGAAAGGAUUGGACGACAUCAGCUGACUAUAUCCGUAAGAAGCUGUGGGCAUGCAUUGAAUACAAGCGUAACGAAAAUGAGGCGGAUGCGCUCAUCAGCCUGGGAGCGGCAAUGCACACUAUAGAAGACUUCGCCGCCCACAGCAAUUUCAUCGAGCUGUGUCUCCGUGAAUUUGAUGGAUGUCAGGAUAUCUUCGCAUUUGUGGGCGACAAGAGUUGGAUAGAGGCACCUGGCUCGCACAGCAAAGUCCCUCCGUUAACAACAGGCACAUUUGGCGCUGUUGAUAUCCUGCACAGCUUUCUAGGAGAGGCCGAUGACCGCGCGGCCAUCAUCAACAGGGGCGAGACGAGAACUACCUCUUUUGGCGACCUGUCAAAUAUGCAGUCCAAGCUCUUUUCAUCCUCGAAUUUCAAAAGUGCCUUCCAGGCCAUUGCUUCAGUUGCUGAGAAGAUCUCGUCACUUACGCCAGGGAACAGCGACAUUGCUGGUCAGCUGCAAUCAAUCAAUUCUGCUGUCACGGAUGCUCAGAACAAUUCCAACCAGACCAAAUCCUCAGAUGAAAAAUCCGAUGAACCUUUUCCCAACUUAUGGAAUGCAAUCCACCCAAUCUUCAAACUUCACGACGACAUUCAGCUCUGGACCAUGAAGCAUGAUGAUGGACCUACCUUUCCUGGGCUGAGCAAAGCUAUAGAAGACAUCAAGACACAGGCGGACAAUCUUGCAUACAAGUUACUGGCUGCGUUCAUCGAACCGGCGCUCAACGAAGUCCGUGCAGCUGCAGAAAUGGCCAAGCAGCAGACAGUCGAGAUGAGUAAGGCGUCAGAAAUUUGGGAACCAGGCUCCAUGGACUCCAAUCCAACACAUUCAGAACUGGCAAAAGAUCAUUUCAGCAAUCUUUUAAAUCAGCCAGCGGGCAUCAUUGCCACUAUCUGCCUGAACUGGAGCACUCAGCAGAUAGUGAAAUGCUGGGAUGAUCCUUCAUUAGAUGUCGAAGAGACGAUCGAGGAUAUCCUCUCCAUCAUGCACCAUCCUGCAUUCGUGCAAGAACCAAGCGACAUACAGCGAUACAUGCAAGAUUCUGUCCGCGAGUGGUGGGACGCCCACAGCGAAGAUCAGCACAUAUACUUGCUGAAGAAGCUCUCGAAAGAAUCCGCCCAGGACCGAUGGAAUCACCAUGAUCACACAAUGACUGCUCGAGACAUGGCGGGUCGAGGCACGAAGGGCUUCGCCUCGUUUCCAGGAGCCUGGCCAGAGACUACUCCACGACCAGUCGACGAUACAUUACGACAGCAGUUCGUGAAGAAAGUCCAAGAGGUAGCGGACGGGCUUCGAAACGCUAGCGAGAAAGUCGUAGAUGCAGCUCACACAGUUGGAGACAAAGUCGGAGUCACCAAGGCGUUAGGGCUAGGCAAGUCGGAGGAAUUGGAUGACGCGGUGACACGACUUGCGAAAGAGCACGACAUCAGUGAGGGAGAAGUCAGAAAGAAGCUUGACUUAGGUGGACCUCACUUGUAG